GACAGCCAGUGUGUGAUGUGAGUGACAGCUGCUCCUGAAGACUUGGCCGGGGGCAGGAAAGAAUCAGUCCGGGGCAGAGACCCACAAACACAGGAUUUAUCUUGCUCUUCUGGAAUCCCUCUUCUCCCCUUGUCUGAAAAGCUGACACUCUACUCACACGCACUACAGAUUCCAGACAUAGAGCUGCCAUAGUCUGAUUUUUCUCUGGUUGGAAGCCAUAAACAUCUCAUUUUUUGGUGGCGUAAGCAAAAGAGUCGAGGCGAUAAAAGGAUGGGCACACGGAGACCCAUGAACCGCACGUCCCCUGGCAAUGGAAGAUAUGACUCACUAGGAAGUAGCAAUGGUAGCGCCAGUGAGAGUGACGAAAACAAUUCUUCAUAUAAUCCUCGAGCAGAUAGUAGAAACUACCUGCUGAAUGUGAGACCUGAGAACAGUCGCUCCAGUACCAGCCGUUACUCUCGCUAUACAUCUGGAAGGACCACCUUCUGCAACAUUAUCUCUCAGCUUACAGAAGAAACACAACCAUGCUUUGAGACAACACUUAAACCCAGGGCUGUGUCUGAAGGAUCUGACGCUAAAUUUAUCUGCAUGGUGUCAGGUUAUCCAGAACCAGAAAUAACUUGGUAUAAAGAUGAUGAGGAGAUGGACCGAUAUUGUGGUUUGCCUAAAUAUGAAAUUUUCCGAAAUGGAAAAAAACACACCUUGCAAAUCUACAAGUGUAGUGAGGAAGAUGCUGCUAUUUAUCAAGCGUCAGCCAGAAACAACAAAGGAAUUGUAUCUUGUUCAGGCGUACUAGAAGUUGGAACCAUGACGGAGUAUAAAAUACACCAAAGAUGGUUUGCCAAACUUAAGAGAAAAGCAGAAGCUAAAAUGCGUGAAAUAGAGCAGAGCAGGAGGAAAGUAAAAGAGAACUUAGAAGAAGGAGAUAGACUAAGGGCACUGAGUCCUGAAAGGAUUCAGAGGAAGAGGAGAUUUUCAGAAGAAAGAAAAGAGGACAAGGAGCUGUCAUCAGUGGAAAAGGACAAUAUAAUUAAGGUCCAUAUUCCUGAUCCUAGCUCCCGAUUGCAAGAUGAAGGUGCAAAUAUUCAGGAGCAGCCACUACAUAUAGCCAAUGGCUUACAAAAUUUUGAGAAAUCUCAGGGUGAAGAGGCAACUUCCAAUGGCUAUGCACUGCCUGAAAAUAUUGAAGAAAAUGGUAAGGAAUUCCUUGCCUAUAUUUAUGAGACUGUGGAUGUCAUAACCAAGAAAUCUACCUCAAAGGAAUCAUAUGCAAAAAAGAAGAAAAAAGAGGAGCCUCCUUCUAUACCAAAGGCAGAGCCAAAGAAAGAGGAGGUACCACAAGGAAACAGCCCCAAGAAAGGAGAUGGCAUAAGCCCUGCUCCAAGGAGGUCACGUUUUAUGAAAGAUACCUCCAAAGCUGUGCAGGAGGAGAAAAUGGAAGUUCAACCUCCACAAGUAACAUCAAAUCGACAGUUUGUAACUUCCACAGCACCUCCCAAAAUGGGAAUAACUGUGAAAGGAAAUGGUUCAAAGAAGAAAGAUAAUGUUGCAUCUGAAAGCAGAACAGGAAAAAGUUCCAGCCAAGCUCAAAGUCAAUUUCCUCCCAAGGAGGAAGUCAGCUUUUGUCUAAAAGACAUGUAUUUUGAAGACUCUUUGCCUACUCCAGAAGAAGAGAAGGUCCCACUUGCUUAUGAGAGAGAUAAGAAGGCAAAGACUGAAAGUCAAUUCCCCAGUGUAGGAAAACAUAUUGUAAGCCCUAGUGCAAUGUCUGUACCACAGGGGCAAGUCAAAGAAAUUCCAAAAGCAGCCCCCAGACGAUCAAAAGAACAAAGAGAUGUAUCUGCUGGGCGCAAAUCCCAAAUAUCAAACUCAAAAACAAAUGACACUGUCCCAGGAGCUAAAAACAUCAGAGAUAAGCAAGGAAAACAGGAAGUAAAACCUGUUGAUGUUGCUCAGACUCCAUGUGUAGUGGACUCAGUCACAGAAUCCACUAAACCCACAGAUUCAAUCAUUCCCCCUGAAGUUUCAGAACAAAAUCUAAAGAAAGGCAAUUUGUUUGAACCAGUCACUAGUCUGUUAACUGAUCCCACUCCCAUUAUAAGCCAGCAGGACAAUUUUGCUAUGCUAGAUAUUACUGAGGAAAAAACGCAAGAAGAUGAAGCCAAGACUACAAGCACGGCCUCAGAAGACCCUCUUGAAGGGAAGUCCCGGACAGAGACGCUUCAAAAGCUGCAACAUUUAGAAGUGGAAUACAUGGCUUUACAGAAAGCAUAUGCUCUUCUGCAGGAACAGCUGGAACUGGUCAAGCAAGCAGAACAGCAAGCCAAGGUACAUGAACCCCCUGACAUCUUGGAGAAGAAUAAAUCUGGAAACGAUACUGGUGAUAAGGUUGUGGGUGUAUGUCCAAGUUCACCAGUGCCUAUAUUAAUGGAAACUGAUGAGUCUAUAAAAGAAGAGGUGGCACAUGUGUUUACUUCUAUAUCUCAGACUGAACCAGAAGGAGAUUCUAAAAGUCCAGUAUGUGAAAGAUCCUCAUCGAGAGCUCUACACUCACCAGUGUCUCUCAUGGAGUUUAGUUCAGAAGAGGGUUCACAUAUUAAAGAUAAUCAAAUAGUUGAAAUGGAAGAAGUGGAUUUGAAGGAUAAAAGUUUGUUAGCGCUUGAUGCAGUAUCUAAGGACACAAAAGAAAUAGAAUUUAAAAUCUGUCAACCAGAUGACACAACAAUUGAACUAAAAACUUCUCAGAGCAGUGUUGUAAAAAUUACAAGCCAUGAAAUUGAGAUGAUGGAAGAAGGGAAGCAGGAAAAGCAUGCAGUUGAACUGAAGGAGGAAAAAACAAAAGACAACAAAAUACAUGUAGAAUCAAAACCUAAAGAAGUAGGAGACACAUUUGUUUUGGUAACAGAUGACAACCCCUUGGUGGUAUCAAAAAGUUUACAACACCCUAAUGAAGUACUGUCUGUACCUACCCAGACAGCUGACCAGGAAGCAACCAUUUCUGAAGCUAUAGUAGAUCAUGUACAUCCAGGUGCUGAAAUCCAAGCACAAAGUGAUGAAUCUGUAGCUACUCUUCUUCGUGAUGUUAAGAAGGCUCUUGAGUCAGGAAUAACAAAUGAUGUGGACAUUCCUUCAGACUCAAGUUCUAGCUCUGCACUUUCCCCACAGGUGAUAUCAACUCCAGAAGGGUAUGACGAAGUGGAAUCCAUGCUUUCAUCAUCAAGGGAGGAAGAUAAAAGUAUCAGCCAAGAUCAUGGACAACUUGAAGUUGAAACCAUUGAUAUAAAGUCCAGUCAUUUACAUCCUAAUACUGAUCUAUCUACAGAGACACCUGAAGUUUCAUCCCCUCCAGAAAUACUUCUAGAUGAUAUUAAACUGAAAGAGCAGGGGAAACAGCAACAUAGUCUGGUAACAUCUUUGAAAAAUUCUUUGUUGAUUUUGUUUCAUAUGAAAUCAGCAGAUGUUAUAGAAUCUUCAGUAGAUACUACAGACAGAAGUGGAAUAUGUGUUGCUGAAUCACUGUCCCCAGAAGAAGUAUCCUCACCAGAAGGAAGCAUGAGCCCUCCCAGUUCAAGGAAAAUAAACAAAGCAGUCAAAGAUACUGUCUCAGUACAGACCCCAGAGAGUAUGCAUUCAAGUUCCACAUCAGGGAAACUGACACCAACUUCUGAAGAAGACAUGGUUCAAAAUGAUGAGCCAUUGCAAACUAGCCCUAUCCUCGUCAGAAAGACUACUGAGUUUUCAAGAAAAGGUGUAAUUACUCAGGUAGAAAGCGCUCCUAUAAGCCCUGCAACUCCCAAGAGAAGUACAAAAGCUAUACCUGAAGCAAUACUGUUACGUAAGGAAGACUUACGCUUUAGUCCCUCUACAUCAAGAAAAAUAGCAGCCAAAAUAGGUGCUGUCACUUCUUCCUUAUCAGUACCUUCUAUAGUUGUUGGCAGCUUGCCUGUUGAUAAGACCCCGGGAAACAUACUAGAUUUGUACCCAGAAAACACACGCAAAUGGAAAUCUACAGAAAAUGUAUCACUAAUACCUUCAGCGACCCCAGAAGAGUUGGCUUCUGGGGCACGUCGCAAAAUAUUUCUUUCUAAGCAGAGGGAUGAUGGAGAGAUUGGCAGCACAGGGUCUCUAACUCCUCCUUCCAAAAGGGAAAGCCCCAGUGUGUCUCCAGGGACAUCCAGGAGAAGCAUCAGUCUUCUUGCCUCUCAAUCUCCACCAAUUGAAAGACGCUCCCCUGGUAUGGUUAGAAGAAUGGCAAUGCUUGAAGUGCCAAAGAUAUAUGAGGAAUCAGUAGAGAAAGGAAAUACAGUUGAUGAACAGUCAAUACAAGCUAAAGAUGCAUGUGUCUCAACUAAGGAAGAUAUUCAGACUGUGGAACCUAAAAAAGUCAAUGAUCCCUAUAAAGCUCCACAGGUGAUAAGGAAGAUAAGAGCUGAACAAUUUUCUGAUGCAUCAGGAAACUUAAAACUCUGGUGCCAGUUCUUCAAUAUCUUAAGUGAUUCUGCAAUAACUUGGUAUAAGGAUGAAGUUGAAGUCGCAAAAGUGAAGAGAAGCUCUGGUGAUGAAGGGCAGGUAGCUCUUGCAAUAGUGCAGGCAUCAGUGAAAGACUGUGGUGUGUAUCAAUGCACAAUCCAGAAUGAGUAUGGGACAGAUUCAACAGAUUGCCUUCUGAGUUCUGAAAUUUUGUCUGGAUUUAUCACCAAGGAAGAAGUUGAAGUGGGUGAAGAGAUUGAGAUGACUCCAAUGGUGUUUGCAAAAGGAGUAGCUGAUUCUGGGUACUGGGGGGACAAAUUUUUUGGGAGGUUAGUGAUGGAGAAUGCGCAUGUUGGAGAGGGAUUUCUAAGGAAGGCUUGUAGAGUAAAAGUUAUAUAUGGACUGGAACCAAUGUUUGAGUCAGGAAAAACCUGCAUUAUAAAAAUCAGAAACCUCAUCACCUUUGGGACCAAGAAUGAAAGCACCUUAGUGGAGAAGAAUUAUGAAAUAACCAUUCAGGACUGUAAAAUUCAAAAUACAACCAGAGAAUACUGCAAGAUAUUUGCUGCUGAAUGCAGAGCAGUUCCCAACUUUGGACAGCUCCCAGAGAUUCUACCUCUAAAUCUGAUUUAUAGGCCUGCCAACAACAUCCCCUAUGCUACAAUUGAGGAAGAUCUGGAGGGGAGGUUCGAAAAAUACUGCAUUCGGGAUAUCACUGGGAAAUUGCACAUGAAAAAUACAUCAGAGAUUGAGCAAAAAUGUUGCACCUUCCAACACUGGGUAUAUCAAUGGACCAAUGGGAAUUUCCUAGUGACAAUACUGGAAGGCGUUGGUUGGAAACUAACCAAUAUUGGAAUUGCCACAAAGUCUAAAGGGUAUCAAGGCCUCAAAGAAAGCUGUUUUCCUACAGUGCUUGAUGAAUUUGCUGUGGUUCACCAGUGCAAUAGCUAUUGUGAAAUGCUGUCUUUAAAGUCCCUAAAAGUCUCAGAAGGCCUCCAACUUCCAUCUAAACCAAAGGGCUCAAAGAGUCCUUCUAUAGGAAGAAAAGCUGGAUCAGCUCAGUCUAGUCCUCAAGUACAAAAAAAAGUAAUGCCAAGUCCUCAAAGUGCCAGGAAAGGUGGUGUCAGCCCUAAAGCACCACGAAAAGCCACAGAGACCGGGGAUAACCUGUCAGUAAACAAAGGCAGUAACGGGUCAAAAUUUUCAAAAACCCAAUAAAAUCCCAACUCAGAUUAUUUUUUUACUCAACAUGGACAUACCUGGUCUGGACUUUAAAUACAAAUGUACUAUAACAUUUCUGAACAUGCAUUUAGUAUCAAAAUGCCAAGUAUCAGCAACAUCAGCUAUUUCUCUAUAAGACAAGGUACCACUCUAUGAGCAAAGUGGGGCAUCACACAAGCUGUUGACAGCUUAAUAUGUGGUAUAGUACUUGUUUCUAAGAAACAAGGCAAGCAAAGGUGCAUUUACCCAUAGAACUGAAAGUACUGUACUAAUAAAUAUCUAUACUAAUCCAGUUUUUUAAAGAAACUAAAAUUAUGUCAGUUAGGGUGACAAUAAUCUAAGCAUUUAAUUCAUUAAGGAUUCCAAAGACUUCAAAGGGACAUUAAACUCAGUAUUGUUUGCAUAUGAAACAGCAGGAAUGAAGUUUGUUAAAUUAUUUUUUGCAUUAAAACAAAGUUAAAACAUUUCUUUUUUUUAUUUGAUAUUGAAAUGCUUGUUUGUGUUCAGCUAAUGUUUAAUGAUCAGUUGUUCAUUGGCUGUAUAGAACAACUGGUUGAAAUGGACACAUUCAAAAGCAUAAAACCAAAAUGUUGUUUUUUCUAAGCACAGAAACAACAUUUUAAUAGCUUUCUAUUGAAAAUGAUUAUGUUUAUCUAUUAUUAUCAUCAUCAUCCAGUAAUAAGGUGGCAAUACUCUCCGCAGUGCUAUGAAAAUAAGUGUAGUUAUUACAACAAUGGCAGCACAAAAUUACAGGCCAAAUGACAGCAGGCCCUGAACACGAGACAACUAUCUGUAAUGUACACAACCUUUACACAAUUUAUUCUGUGAUAUAGGUGGCUAUUUUGGAUGUAAUAAUAAUAAUAAAAAAACUUGACUUUAAUGUCCCUUUAAGCAUUGGGUAAGGGUGAAUGCACCUUUAUAAUAUAGAAUUAAACAUACUAAAUUAAGUUUCACUGAUUUACAGUUUACACUAUAUUUCAUUUUUAUGCCCUAUCCAAAUCUGAUAGGAAAGUCCAAACUAGAACUUUCAUAUAUUAAAUUGUAAACUUACUUUAUAAUACUGGACAGUCUAAGCUUGUAAAUUUGAUUUUAUAUUGUUAAAUCAGUACCACAACUUUAGUUUAUGUGGUAUUGCCAUAAUAAACAGCAUAAUAUGCAUUUAAUGGGACUUCCUAUAAGGACAUAUAGGGGCAUAUCUAUCAAGCUCCGGAUAGAGCUUGAGUCCCCGAGUUUCUGGCGAGCGUGCAGGCUCGCCAGAGACAGCAGUUGUGAAGCAGCGGUCUAAAGACCGCUGCUCCAUAACCUGUCCGUCCUGCUGUGAGCAGGUGGACAGACAUCGCCGAAAUUCAACCCGAUCGAGUACGAUCGGGUUGAUUGACACCCCCUGCUGGCAGCCCAUUGGCUGCGAGUCUGCAGGGGGCGGCGUUGCACCAGCAGCUCUUGUGAGCUGCUGGUGCAAUGCUGAAUAUGGAGAGCGUAUUGCUCUCCGUAUUUAGUGAGGUCUGGCGGACCUGAUCCGCACUGUCGGAUCAGGUCCGCCAGACUUUGAUAAAUAGGGGCCAUAGUAUUCUCUAAAUCUGUACAAAUAGCCUCACGGUUUGCAGAUUGAGGAACAUGAUGACUCUGUACCAAAAAUGAAAGUGCCAGAGCAUUUUUUCAUAACGAAACAAGAGAAAUAAACACCAACAGCUCUGAAAUAAAAAACAAAGAUGUUAUUUUCAGUACAUCUAUGAAGCCAGUGGUAAAUAUUGCAUUGACAUUAAAAUAAAAAGUACAAUCCAAUGAGGGUGAAGCUCAGGCUGAAUGUACCAAUGGCUUACCUUGGUCACAUUGGUAAACAGAGCAGAGGAGUUUUAGUGUGUUCUGUAUUAUAAUGGAGGCUUAUAUAAAGUAAAUAACAAUAGCCGCAAUACAUAUGUGUGGUUUUGUUAGGUGAGAUUGGUGAAAAGUGGUCCUACUGGAAAAGUUACUGGAGAGCAUUUCGUCCGUGUACAUCCUGGACAAACGUUUAUUCUCCUUAGCACUUACUUUACGUGCACAAUUUAAGGUGCUUAUUUAUCAAUACUAGUUUUUGGCCCUGGCACUAUGCCCUUACCGCGACCAGUGUAUUUAUUUUUAAAUUACUGGAUACAAAUAGGAAAAGCUAUAUAUUACUUAUUGCACUUCAACCAAUAAUUUAUAUUGACUGUAUGUGCAGAAAGAAUGCAAUAUAGACAAAAUGUAUGGGAGUGGAAUAGAUAUGGUGUUCUAUAUCUUUGUUAAAGAUUAUAAUGUUGAAACAAUUAAAAUGUCAAGCUGACAAAAUAGUUUAAGCCUGUGUUCAAACUAUAGAUAGCAAAUAGUCAGUUUUCCAAAAUGUAUUAGUGGUACAGAUUGCCUGCUGAAAAUGGUACAUUAAUGCAGAAUACAUUUUAUGUGAGGUUACAGUUGGAUUUUUAUGCAUGAUCAUAGAGCAUAGCUUGUUUGCAAAUUCUAGGCAUCAGUAUACGGAUAAAUGAUAUUUGGUGCUCUAAAGACAAGGUGACGUGAAGAAAUAGUGUUCUCAGAAGCGGGAAUUUGGUUGUCUUCUUGAACAAUAUAUUAUAUUGAUCUCAGCAACAGUAGAUAAGUAAAUCAUAUAGCUGUUUCUUAUAAAAAAAAUGUGUUACUAUGCACUUUAGUCAUUUUUUUAUAUGUAUUGAAAGUUACCAAUCUCAUAAUACCACACGGCGCUCCUUCAUUCAAGCCCUGAAAUGGGCAAAGUCACUUUGUCUUAAGUUUGUAAUACAAAGUUUUCCAUCAGUUUUGGAUAUUUCUGCUUUAUGUUUGAGAGACUCCUGUAAUGGUAGGAACAUUAUUUCUUGUACAUUUAUUUUAUAUAAGUUGUUAUCAGUGUUGUUUAAACACUUUCAAUAAGUAAAACUCUCAUUAGAAUGAAACGUGAGUUAAACAUCGUCUAUAUGUCUUCACGUCCCCUUUCUAAACACAACAAAAUGAAAAGCUAUGAUAGUAAUCAUAAUACAGAGGUGCUCAAAAUAUAGAAGUACCAGACUUUGCAACAACAGAGAUUUUUUUUAUUCUUUUUUUUUAAUCAAUGUUCUCUCUAAAAAAAUAAAAUAAACAAUGGCUGCUCUGGUCAUUUUGUUUCUAAAAUGAACGGUUAUAUAAUGCCAACAACUUAUAUGCAUAUGGGUUUUAAUUUUAAACAUUGCCAAAUCUUCUGAAAAAUGUUUCAGAUAUCUAUUAUAGCACAAUUUAACUUUAAGGGCUCUACGUUUUUAUAUAAUCAGUUUCUCUUUGAAUUCCCUCGAAAUGAUAUGCUGUAGUGACUGCAACAUAAAAUUACACAUACACCACAGAGGAAAUAAAGAUAUCCAAAUAUUUUCCUCGUUUUUGCAAGAUUAAUACCUUUAUACUGUAUAUUUAGUUGACCAUAUCAGCUUUUCCAACAGAAAAUAGAACAAAAAGCAAAUGUAUUUUCUUUGUAGCAUCUGAUAUAAAUAAUGAUAUCUACACGCAAUUGUUAAAUUCAAGAAAAAAAUGGCAAAACAAAUUUUUAUUCUCUGCUCUCAUACUGAAGUUUUAUAGGAUAAAUUGCAACCAUUUGUAUCACUUUGUACAAGUGUCAGUUCUAAGCAUUUUUAAGAUAACAUAACUCCAAUGUUUAAUAAAAUAUAAGCCAUAUUGUCAACAGAAAUUUCAUGAUUCUGAUGAUUUGCCACAUUUAAAGAGAUGCGGUUUCAUUUAGUCAACAAAAUGCCAUAAAUGAUUCAUUCAAAUAAUUUUGAAUGCAAAUUACGUAAUUUAGAUUUUUUGCAUAUAACAUUCUGUUUUGCACCAGUAAAUAAACUGCCCAUGUAAUUUAUAUACUUGGGAGCUUAUCCUAUUAAGUGGAUGGUAAGGGAUGGAAUGAAAUCGAUGUAGAAAUAUAUGGUUCACUGACACAAUCAGGCAUUUUUGCAACAGAUAGGAGAGAUGGUUUGAACUUAUACACUAAAAAAGAAAAUUAAAUUCAAGCUAAAAAAUAUUUUAAAGAUUAAAAACUGAAACUAGAUAAAAAGUUUCUGCAAAAAAGUAUAAGAAUAGUAAAAUAAAAAUGUCCAAAGGAAAAACAACUUGACCAUAUUUAUUUGAGAUAUAUCAACAUUAAUUAAACCGCACAUUUUUCUUUCAUGAUUCAGAUAGAGAAUACAAUUUUAAACAGCAUUCCAAUUUACUUCUAUUAUCUUAUUUGCUUCAUUCUUUAGAUACCCUUUGUUGAUGAAAUAGCAAUGCACAUGUGUGAGCCAAUCACAUGAGGCAUCUAUGUGCAACUUCCAAUCAACAGCUACUGAGCCUAUCUAGAUAUGCUUUUCAGCAAAGGAUAUCAAGAAAAUUAAGCAAAUUAGAUAAUAGAAGUAAAUUAGAAAUUUGAUUACAAUUGCAUGCUCUAUCUAAAUCAUGGAAGAAAAAAUGUGGGUUUCAUGUUCUUUUAACUCAUUUUUACCAACCUUUUCAAUAAUAUUCAUAGUAUUUAAAAUAAUGUUGUUUUUGUUAAAAUAUUGUUGUCUCUUUAUUUCCAUUUAAGGUAUGAUUUGUAGUAAACUUGUGCAAAUAUUUGGGAUUCUUUAUUAUAACUAAUUAAAAUAAUCACAAAAAUGGCUGAAGUCUCAGCAGCAUUCACAUUUUUCUAGCGCUAGAUUUAUUAGGGAACACACAGGCAUCUGGAUUUGCACAGUUGACAUGUGUUGCAUUUUUUAUUACUAAAUCUGGCUCCAGAAAGAGCCCAAUGCUACAGACUGCUGCCGUUUUCAGUAUUCGUUUAACUAACUGAUUACAAAUCAAAAAUAUUUGCACAUAUUUAAGUCGUAGUAUAUUUUACAAACUCUUAGGUCCCUCUAACAAUUCAUCAGAAUUCCCAUGUGGGUCACGGGUGUCUUGUCUGGCCUUUUAUUAGGGUUUUCUAAUUCAGUCAUUCCAAUCCAUUUGAAAACCCUGCUAUAACUCAAUUAUCACACGCUUUUCAAAUAUGUAUGGAAAUAAUCUGACACAAUUGUUCAAAUAUAUAUAAAAAACUAUCUUCAUAUUCAGUCUUUACCUCUUGAUGUUUCAAGCAACAUAUCUUGGCUGCUUGUACUUCUUUUUGUCAAUGUUAAAGUUUUUUUUUCUCAUUCUCAGAUCAUGUGUUAAUAAAAAACAUAGUUUUUGUUUGUUUGUUUUUUGCAAUAAAAACUAAAAUAAUUUUGCUCAACUUGCACUUUUAAACUAUGAAACUGAAAUGAUUUCCAGAAUGUUAAUUCACAAUUGCAAUGAUAUUUUCAGACAUUACUCAAAUGUUAUUCAAAAUGGAUAAUCCUUGCAUACUCUUAAAUAAAAUCCAUAAUAUAUAGAUAUGAACAUUUUCAAAUAUUUAAAUUAGCAGUGAGUAAUUCAGCCAGUUGGAAGGUGACCACUAAUACCAAGCUUUUGGGGCAUGCAAUUGCCUUAUUUUAGGCAGAAUCGCUCACUGCUAAUUUUUUUUUAAAAAAAAGUCAUUAAAUGGGGGGGUACCAGCUACAAAGGAAUUUUUAAGCUUACAUUUUUACUAAAUCACAGGAGAUUUAAAUUAAAUUAUUGCCAAUAAGGGUUUUCAAUGAUGAAGUUUUGCAGAAUAUCGACUGUAUUUUUAGCAUCUCUAUUUCUAAACACACUAAAAUAUUAAACAGUUUAGGGAGUUAAACAGAAACUAGUGGAAAAAACUAAACCUUCUUUAACACAAUACAGCAUAUUUUUUUCCUUUCAAAUGUUUAAUAUUAAAAUGUUAUUCUUUGCAAUAGAAAGGCUAUAGAAGUUACCUAGAAACACCCUUAAAACCCCUACUUUUGUUUUAAUGUUAGCAAUCUGAGGCUAUUUUAUUAAACUUUAUUAACUUCUGACUACCUAUUGUAUGCACUGUGAUACAUAGCUGUCAGGAACAUUCUUUCUUCUCAAAAAGACUGCAGGACAGAAGAUUUUUUUUUUACUAAGUAUUUUUUUUUCCUGUUGAACUGAGAUCACAGUGAAAUAAAUGUGAUAGCUUCAAACUAAUGGGAAUAUUUUGGAUACAAAUUUCAAUAUUAGAUCAGACCUAGAAAUAGUAUUCUCAUGACUAUAGUCUAGUUAUUGACAACCUCUUUACAGUUUAGUUUUAUGCACUUUUUUUGUGGUAGAAUAUUAUAAUUUAAAAAUAAUGAAGAUGAUGGCAGGUGGGAAAUUCCACAAAAAUCUUGCUAAAUGGAGCCGCAUCUUUGAAAUACCUUUUCUGUUAUGUUUGCUGUUAUGUUGCACUUUAUGUAGUGUUAAAAUGACAUGGUUGUACACAGAUACAUUUCACUGUUAUAUAGUGUACAUUUUUUGGCUCAGUUUUGUAAAGAUAAAAUGUACAUACCAGAUUUCAUUAUGUAUUUUCAACUGGUAUGCUCAAAUGCAAUAAAUGUAACAACAACACAAA